UUUCCCAAUCCCUAAAAGGGACUUUGCUUCUUUUUCCGGGCUCGGCCGCGCAGCCUCUCCGGACCCCAGCUCGCUGACGCUUCGGGCUGCCGUUCUCCUGGUGGGGCCCCGAGAUCCGCUGUCUUCUUUUCUAGCAUUCGGAAGGGCUGGUCUCUCUCCACGGUCGCGCGUGGCGUCUGUGCCGCCAGCUCAGGGCUGCCACCCGCCGGGGCGAGAGCGCGCGGCCAGCGGGGCCGCCCGGGGUGCGCCCUUCAGGAUGCUGAUCCGCCCGGUCGGCUGAACCCGAGCGCCGGCGUCUUCCGCGCGUGGCUUGCGAGGCUGCCCCGAGCUGGGGCUGCUCGCAUCGCUCCUUCCCUUCCUGCUCUCCUGCUCCGGGCCUCGCUCGCCGCGGGCCGCAGUCGGUGCGCGCAGGCGGAGGCCGGGCGUCUGGGACGCAGCAUGCAGGCGCGCUACUCGGUGUCGGACCCCAACGCUCUGGGAGUGGUACCCUACUUGAGCGAGCAAAAUUACUACCGGGCGGCGGGCAGCUACGGCGGCAUGGCCAGUCCCAUGGGCGUCUACUCCGGCCACCCGGAGCAGUACGGCGCCGGCAUGGGCCGCUCCUACGCGCCCUACCACCACCAGCCCGCGGCGCCCAAGGACCUGGUGAAGCCGCCCUACAGCUACAUUGCGCUCAUCACCAUGGCGAUCCAGAACGCGCCCGAGAAGAAAAUCACCCUGAACGGCAUCUACCAGUUCAUCAUGGACCGUUUUCCCUUCUACCGCGAGAACAAGCAGGGCUGGCAGAACAGCAUCCGCCACAACCUGUCGCUCAAUGAGUGCUUCGUGAAGGUGCCGCGGGACGACAAGAAGCCGGGCAAGGGUAGCUACUGGACGCUCGACCCGGACUCCUACAACAUGUUCGAGAACGGCAGCUUCCUGCGGCGGCGGCGGCGCUUCAAGAAGAAGGACGUGCCCAAGGACAAGGAGGAGCGGGCCCAUCUCAAGGAGCCGCCCCCGGCCGCGGCCAAGGGUGCCCCGACAGGGACCCCGGUAGCUGACGGGCCCAAGGAGGCCGAGAAGAAAGUGGUGGUCAAGAGCGAGGCGGCGUCACCCGCGCUGCCGGUCAUCACCAAGGUGGAGACGCUGAGCCCCGAGGGCGCGCUGCAAGCCAGCCCCCGUAGCGCAGCCUCCACACCCGCCGGCUCCCCAGAUGGCUCGCUGCCAGAGCACCAUGCCGCGGCACCCAACGGGCUGCCCGGCUUCAGCGUGGAGACCAUCAUGACACUGCGCACGUCGCCUCCGGGCGGCGACCUGAGCCCAGCGGCCGCGCGCGCUGGCCUGGUGGUGCCGCCGCUGGCGCUGCCAUACGCCGCAGCGCCACCCGCCGCUUACGCGCAGCCGUGCGCACAGGGUCUGGAGGCUGCGGGCUCCGCGGGCUACCAGUGCAGCAUGCGGGCCAUGAGCCUGUACACCGGGGCCGAGAGGCCAGCGCACGUGUGCGUUCCGCCGGCGCUGGACGAGGCUCUGUCGGACCACCCGAGCGGCCCCGGCUCCCCGCUCGGCGCCCUCAACCUCGCAGCAGGUCAGGAGGGCGCGUUGGGGGCCUCGGGCCACCACCACCAGCAUCACGGUCACCUCCACCCGCAGGCGCCACCGCCCGCCCCGCAACCCCCUCCCGCGCCGCAGCCCGCCACCCAGGCCACCUCCUGGUAUCUGAACCACGGCGGGGACCUGAGCCACCUCCCCGGCCACACGUUCGCGACCCAACAGCAAACUUUCCCCAAUGUCCGGGAGAUGUUCAACUCACACCGGCUAGGACUGGACAACUCGACCCUCGGGGAGUCCCAGGUGAGCAAUGCGAGCUGUCAGCUGCCCUACCGAGCUACGCCGUCCCUCUACCGCCAUGCAGCUCCCUACUCCUACGACUGCACCAAAUACUGAAGCGUCCAGUCCGCUCCAGCCCCAGGCCCGCACCGGCUUCGCCUCCCCAUGGGACCUUCUUCGACGGAGCCGCAGAAAGCGACGGAACGCGCCCCUCUCUCAGACCCGGGAGCAGAGAGCUCCGUGCAACUCGCAGGUAACUUAUCCGCAGCUCAGUUUGAGAUCUCAGCGAGUCCCUCUAAGGGGGAUACAGCCCAGCAAAACGAAAUACCGAUUUAAAAAAAAAGUCCCCUUCCCCUACCCGGAUGCUGCGCCCGCUCCCCUUGGGGCUUUAAUGGAUUAGUUUAUGGACCAAACCCCACAGGGACCCCUAAUGACUUCUGUGGAGACUCUCCACGGGCGCAAGAGGUCUCUCCGGAUAAGGUGCCUUCUGUAAACGAGUGCGGAUUUGUAACCAGGCUAUUUUGAUGUUACUCAGAGCCUUUAAUAUAAUAUUUAAAGUUGUGUCCACUGGAUAAGGUUUCAUCUUGCCCAACCGUUACUGCCAAAUUGAAUUCAAGAAACCUGUGUGGGUCUUUUCUCCCCACAGUACCAUGAUAAAACAUAGUUUUUUUUCCCCAACUGUAGAUCUUUUACAAAACAAGAAAAUAAUUUAUUUAUUUUUUUGUUGUUGUUGUUGGAUAACGGAAUUAAGUAUUGGAUACUUUGAAUUUAGGAAGUGCAUGGCUUUGUACAGUAGACGCCAUCUGGAGUAUUCCUAAAACACACAAAAAGACUUUAAAAUUUCAACUUUCGUCUGUGUUUGUCUUAUGUGAUCUCAGUGUUGUAUUUACCUUAAAAUAAACCCAUGUUGUUUUUCUGCCCAAAA